UCCCUUAGGGGGUGAGAGGCAGCCUGAUUGACAGGCAGAAAUCUGAUCCUGUGAAAGACGCGGAGAGCCAAUAGGAUGCGGAGAUCCAUCAGUUUGGAUUGGAGGCCCCUGGAGGAGAAAUAGAGGAAAAACCACCGAAUAAAGAACACUGUCAGUGGAGCUUUUCGUUUCCAAGGGGGAAGUGCUGGGAAAUAAUUAAUGUUUUUUAAAAAUUAAAUUGGAAGGGCUUCUUUUUGUAUGCGUGCACGCCUGUGCGCGCAGCCGAUCGUCUGGCGGUACCUUCAGGCUGCUUGAAGACUACAUCUGGAGGAAACUUCUUUAAGUCCAAUGUUCAGCAAAUAAUAAUACUAAUUAAAAAAAACACUCAGCUGAAGUCUGCAGAAUGGAUGGAUUUUACGACCAGCAAGUGCCUUACAUGGUCACCAAUAAUCCCUGUGGGAGAAACUGUAAUGAGCGACCAACAAAUGUCAGGAAAAAAAAAUUCAUUAACAGAGAUCUGGCUCAUGACUCAGAAGAACUGUUUCAAGAUCUGAGCCAAUUACAGGAGACGUGGCUUGCAGAAGCUCAGGUACCUGACAAUGAUGAGCAGUUUGUGCCAGACUACCAGGCUGAGAGUUUGGCUUUUCAUGGUCUCCCAGUGAAAAUCAAGAAAGAACCUCACAGUCCGUGUUCUGAACUCAGUUCGGCUUGUAGUCAAGAGCAACCAUUCAAAUUCAGUUAUGGGGAAAAGUGCCUGUACAAUGUCAGUGCCUAUGAUCAGAAGCCACAAGUGGGAAUGAGGCCCUCCAAUCCGCCAACUCCAUCAAGCACUCCAGUUUCACCACUGCAUCAUGCAUCCCCAAACUCAGCUCAGAAUCCUAAACCUGACCGGGUAUUUUCUGCUCACUUGCCUCCAUCCCAGCCCAUCCCAGACAACGCUUUCCCCAUGGACCACAGAUUCCGCCGUCAGCUCUCGGAACCUUGCAAUUCAUUUCCUCCUUUGCCAACCAUGCCAAGGGAAGGCCGCCCGAUGUACCAACGCCAGAUGUCUGAGCCAAACAUCCCUUUCCCACCUCAAGGGUUUAAACAGGAGUACCAUGAUCCAGUGUAUGAACACAAUGCCAUGGUUGGCAAUUCAGUCAGUCAGAGCUUCCCCCCUCCUCUGAUGAUUAAACAAGAGCCUAGAGAUUUUGCAUAUGAUUCAGAAGUGCCUAGCUGCCAUUCCAUUUACAUGAGGCAAGAAGGCUUCCUGGCUCACCAAAACAGAACAGAAGGUUGUAUGUAUGAAAAAGGACCGAGACAGUUUUAUGAUGACACCUGUGUUGUUCCAGAGAAAUUUGAUGGUGAUAUCAAGCAGGAGCCGGGAAUAUAUCGUGAAGGGCCCACAUAUCAGCGGCGGGGCUCACUUCAGCUGUGGCAGUUUUUGGUAGCCCUUCUUGAUGAUCCAUCAAACUCUCACUUCAUUGCUUGGACUGGCCGAGGAAUGGAAUUUAAGCUGAUUGAACCAGAAGAGGUGGCACGUCGCUGGGGGAUUCAGAAAAACAGGCCAGCCAUGAACUAUGAUAAACUUAGCCGUUCACUUCGUUAUUAUUAUGAGAAGGGAAUCAUGCAAAAGGUUGCUGGAGAAAGAUACGUCUACAAGUUUGUUUGCGAUCCUGAAGCCCUCUUCUCCAUGGCCUUUCCGGACAACCAGCGCCCCUUGCUGAAGACUGACAUGGAGCGUCAUAUCAAUGAAGAGGACACUGUGCCUCUGUCCCAUUUUGAUGAGAGCAUGGUCUACAUGCAGGAAGGAAGCUGCUGUAACACCCACCCUUAUAAUGAAGGCUAUGUAUAUUAACUGCAGUGACUCUGAAGAAGCCCACCUCCCCUCACCAAGCUUCUCCUCUUUCCUGAGACCAGGAGGAAACCUGAAUCCUCUUCAGUUGGUUUUGUAAGAAAAAAGAAAGAAAAAAAGAAUUAAAAAUAAUAAAAUAGUACUAUAAAGGGGCUUCUCCUGUUGCAUUACUCCUAUGGUCUGCCAUGGACAGUGCACUUUAUUUGAAAGGGGAAGAUUGGGAUCUAUCAAUUUUAUUCUGUGGAACAAGAAGAAAAGGGUGGGUCUGCUUUUUUCCUCUCCUUAAGAUUGGGAAUAGAACAUACAGGUUUUAAGUACAACAAAGCUGUAUCAUGUCUGUUUUUGUUUCAUAUUGGCCUAAAGAUAUUGUACAAGUUCUCUGGGUAUCCAUAGUACAGUUAAUUCUAGAUGUGAUCAAUAAACAUUCGUACACUACUUGGGAAAUUAUCUGCCAUGAACACUCCCCCACAAUUUCCCUGUUUGCCACACCGUAGCCUCUUUUCAUCCAGCGGGUUCAGUAUUGUCUACCCUGACCUGAGCAGAUCUCCAGAGUUUCAGACUGGAGUCUUUCCCAGUCCUGCACGGACGUCCCAGGAACUGAACCUAGAAUCACAUGCGUGCAAACUGUGGGCUCUACUGCUUAGUUGUAGACCAAUUCUACAAGUUUUAGAAUUGGGUAGGAGCUAGGAGAAGCAGUGCACCUUUCAGCUUUUGUUGGUUUAUUUUAUGUUGCCCUCUGUUUUUCACAAGUUAUCUCUUCAUAUUGUUUCUGUUGCUUUGUGUUUGUUUUAAGGAAGGCAUUCACUGUGGGCCGGAGAGCACCAUCCCUGGCUUGAAACUGCCAGUUGCAGGGUUUUAGAUUUGCUUCUUCUAUCUGGUGCUUUCUUGCUAUGCAAGUACAGCACAUGCAACCUUUUUAGACUUUUCAAGGUCCACCAGAGUAUAGUAAUACCAUGUGAUGAACUGUUCUGGAUAUCAUUUCAAGACUGAAUACAGAAUUAUGAUCACAGAGGAAAAGUUGUAUUGUGCCCUUCCAUUUACUUUUAGGCAUAAAUAAGUUAUUUAAUCAAUAGGAAUUAACUACUAGGUCACAUAUCUCAUUAUGCUGUUUAGACCACAGCAAACACUCCUUGAGCAAAAUAUCCAAUACACUAAAAUAGGUACUUAGUAAUUUUUAGACAUGGUACCCAUUAAUAUGCAUUUAAAUCUUUUACUGCUGUGUUACAUUGAUAACCUAUAUACAUACUAGAUAAUGCUAAUGCUUCUGCUGCUGUCUUUUUUUCUGUAAUAUUCUCUUUGCUGAAUUUACUAUGCCCGUUUAUAAGCAAUGCUGUAACUACAGGUAGCAUUUCAGGACAAAAUAGAUGACUUGAACAAUUUAUUGCUUUGAAAAAAUAGCUUAUGCCACAGCUGUGCUAUAAGCAGCUUUUACAUGCAUUGGGAAAUGAAUAGUAAGCUUCAGCUUGCUAAGAGGAGCUCUACAGAAUCUUUUAUACCUUUCAGUGGAGCCAAGACUUAUACAAACCAUCAAAGAAUACAAUGAUUUUGCUGUAUGAUGUUGUAGUGCUGGCACUGAUGCUAUCAAUCAACUUUGUUUUGGACACUAAAUGUAAAUGUGAUCAGAUAUGUUUGGAAGACAAUUUAAAGGGUUUUUUGAUUUUUUAAAAUGGUUUUUAUUUUUUAAUUUUGAGAAGGGUAAUAUUGAAAGCAAGAAACACACCUUAUUCUACAUAUAAAGAGAAAAAAAGUUUUAAAUAUUUAUGAAGACCUUUUCUGAAAUGUUGAGUUUCCUAGUUUGAAAAGGAUAGAAAUGAGGUUUGAGCUGUCCAGUGAAUAUUUUAAGCAGUGACUCUUCAUGGUAGUUUCUCCCCUCCUGUCUCCCCAUUGCCCCCCAUCUUUUCCAGUUGCUAACAACUUUGGAACAAGAAAGGUGGGAGUAGGACUCCAUAACUGUUAGCCACAGGAAUGAUUGUAAAUGACAUGAUAUCAAAGAUGCCUUGAGGUAGUGAUUUACUUUCCACUCAGUGUCGGUCAGGAAACCAAUAAAGCUAUAAAUGAUUUAUUAUGCAAUUCAUUUUGAACUAACGAGUGUUAGCCACUAUAAACCACGGUUAUAGAAAAGCACACUGGGUAUGCAUCUCAUACACCUAGAAGCAUAAGGUAUCUUAACAGGUGCAUGUAUAUAAAUCCAUGGUAUGCUACAUAAAAAAGACCUCAAUGGAAAGCCUUCCACAUUCUUGCUGCUAAUCAAUAGCCCUAAUGCUCCAAUUGACUAAGUGAACAGAGUAAAAGUGUAUGGUGUGGACUAGAAUGUUUCAGAGCUUGGAAAAGUUACUUUUUUGAACUACAACUCCCAUCAGCCCCAGCCAGCAUGGCCACUUGAUUGGCCUGAUGGGAGUUGUAGUUCAAAAAAGUAACUUUUCCAAGCUCUGGAAUGUUUAAACCCAAGGGUAGGGAGCCUGUGGCCCUCCAGGUGUUGUUAGACUCCAACUCCCAUCAGCCCUAGCCAACAUGGCUAUUGGUCAGUUUGUCUACAGGCCAAACUCAGCUGUGUGUAUGUUUUUAAUAAGCCCAUUUGGCUAUAAUGCGGUAGUGGCAGUAUAUGGCAGUAUAACUUUUUAUACUGAUUUUUUUAAAGCUGCUUUGUCCCUGUUGACUCUCUCUUAGUAUCAGAGCUGGCCUGAGGGGAAGUGACUUAACUCAAUGGAGCAUAACUUGGGUUUUGCCCUCCUUUCUUGCAUGAAACAUUGAUACACCCACCUUGCUUUAUAGCUAAAUAAGCAAGCAUAUGGUUUAGCCCUAUGAUGGGUAGGGAAUCGGUGGCCCUCCCAGAUUCUGGAUUACAACUCCCAUUAUCCCUGGCCAUUUGCCAUGCUGGCUGGGGCUGACAGAUUAGAGAAUAACAUGGGUUGAAGGUGGGAAAACACAGAUUUAGAUGGGGUUUUUUUCCAAAUACAAUGAAAAGUUAUGUAAAUGCUUUUGAUUCUGUCAAUAUUAGCAUGGAGCAUUACUUGUCAGGAAGAGAUGUAUAUUUGGUGAAUGGGGUGGGUGGUUUAAAAAAAAGCCUAACAUUGAUUCAACUGUCUAAUAAUAUUUUUACAAAUUAUAUAUACUGUAUAAGGUAGUGAUUCACUGAACAAAAUAGGCAAUUCACUCACCAUUGAAUGAAUUCCCAGGGGGAGCGGGGAGUGGUACAUGAAGAUGUUACAUGGAAUUGAUUAACCCUUUUGAAACUGUACCUUUUAAAGAGAGUUUAUUUUAAGUUCUGUUUUUCCACUUUUUCCAGGUAGAUUAAUAAAUCUG